UCUAUACUUGUCCCUCUCUUUAGAUCUCUCUUUUUUUUUUAAAGGACAGUUAUGGACCACCAUGACAAACGAUCCAUCAUGAGUUUUGGUGUUGAAAGUAGCCAAAAGAGACAAAGCAUUGACACACUAUUAGAAACAUCCAAUAAAAUACGACGGUUGUCAUCAAAUACAGCCUAUAGGAUGAGCUUCUUUUUGGACAAUUUACCAACACCUGAUCAAUAUCUGAAUGAGCAUACUUCAGCUCUACAUGACUUUGAGGAUUAUAGAUCCAUAGUAUCAAGUCAAACCAGUCUUUUAAGCGAAGGAGGACCUUCACCAUUCAUCACUCGAUUCAACCAGACAUCAACAGACGCACCUCAUGAAAGAAAACCUCUCUAUGACUUGAAACCAUUCAAAGACCUCGAUCAACAAAAGGUCUAUAUUUCAAAGAUAUCCAGCUAUUUAUUCCAAACUGAAUACGCCAAGGAUUUACCAUCCAUACGACGUAGUCUUCGUGCAUUCACUACCAACGAGUUUCAUAAUAUGGUCAAGCAUCUCCUGAGGCGGUUUGAUCCUCAUUUGGAAGUAGGAAGAAACUUUCAUGAGGAACUGCCUAGGGUACUCAAGAGCAUACAUUGUCCCUUGGCUGAUAUGAUCACUCCCAAAGGGCUUUUAUCGAUCGGUGCGCCUCAUUUGUACCCUAUAUCACUUGCAUUACUUCAUUGGCUGACAGAGUCAUGUGAGCUGAUACAUGAACAUGUGGGUGAUAAUGAGGAUGAUGGGUCUGUAGAAAAUAAUAUGUUUGACGAGAAUUACUUCAACUGGAUCUUUUUCAUUUAUGCGUGUCGUGCCUAUGCAGAAGAAAUGAGUGGAGGUAGAGAUUUGAUCGAGUCAAAUAAGGAACUAGAAGAUGCAUUGAACGCGACGGAUGCUAUGGUGGAUGAAAUGGAGGAAAAGUCCAAACGAAACUCAAAGAAACUAUUAGAAGAAUUGAAUCAGUAUAACAAAGAUCAUCCAUCUCUAGCGCACUUGAAAAAGACCAAUACAGACCUUAAAUCCGAUAUUGAAAAGUUUAAUGCCUAUUGUGAAAUGAAGCAAAAAAAGAUUGAAAAGAGUCAAGCACUUGGACUUCGCAGUGAAAAACAGAUACAAGGAUUUGAACGAGAAUUAAAAAAGAUAGAAACAGAGAUCGAACAGAUCAAGGAAGCCUUGACGAGUAAAGGCUUGACGAUUGAAAAGAUCAAUGCGAUUGUAGAAGAGAAUAAAACAAUAUCGACAGAAUACACAAAGAUACAGAAAAGACUACAGGACCUUCAAAAGCAAUAUGAAGCUAAAAAGGAAAAGAAUGAUGAGCUGUUGAAUGAAAUUGAAACGUUGAUCAGUGAGCAUAAUACGUUGAUAUCUAAACUGGCUGCUAUACCUGACAUCGACAUCCAAGAAGAUCAAUUAAAGAUCACGUUUGAUCCUACAGCAGAUGAUCCAAAUAAGGACUUUCCUGUGGAUUAUGAAUCAAGGACUAUACCCAAACUUAAUGACAUCUUUGACCUAUUAUCCAAAAGAUUGCUUGAUAUAACCAAAAAGAACUCCAACUUACGAGAAGAGUUGGAAGCGAUUGACAAGAAGAUAUUGGAUAUACAAAAUAGCCGUCAUCUGGAUCAACAGAUAGUAGAAAGGAGAAGACAUGAACUUGAAGAAAGAGAAUUUAUGUGGCGUAAAGAACAUGACGAGACGACAAUGGCAUUAGAAAAAGAGGAAAAGGCAAUGCAAGAGAAAGAGAGGCAGAUAAGCCUUGAGUUAGAAAACGCACGGAUGAAGCUGUAUGACACCAAGCUGAAAGCGAGCGAAGCAAGAAUACAAGCAGAGAGAAGGAGGCAUGAACUAAAUGAAACAUACGCGUCCUUUGUUCGUCAACUGAAGCAUGCUCUGGAAGAGAUCGAUCAGAGAGCAGAAGGUUAUUUGGUGGCAGUAAAGAAGGAAGAAUCAGUUGCAAAAGAAGUGAUGCUUGAUAUAUAAAAAACCAGACAUGUGAUUUUUAUUAUCAAAAUGACAUAAUUGGAAAAAUAAGGAUUACCCCACAUCUUUUGUC